CUUGCGGAGUUGCAGUACAACCCGAAUGGAGACUUGAGCACAUUGCGGCCUGAUGAGGAGCGGAUCUUCAACAGCAGCAAUGGCAGCCUCAUUGCAGUCGGCUACGAGGCCAGAGCAAAGGGUGUCAAACGGGGAAUGAGGGGGGAUGAUGCGCGCAAGGUGUGCCCAGACCUAAAUCUGGUGCAGGUGCCUGUGGCCCAUGGCAAGGCAGAUCUGACGCUAUAUCGAGCAUCCGGCAAACAGGUGCUCAACAUUCUGGCAAGGCUGUCGGUAGCGGAGCGAGCCUCCAUCGACGAGUGCUACCUGGACAUAACAGAGGAGGCCAAGAGGCGGCUGGCGGCCAGCUCUGCCCACCCGCCCCUUCCCAUCAAUGUGGGCGAGGUUCAUGGUGAGGGUGGGACGGAGGCGUGGUGGCACCGGCCGGUGGGCGCCUGGGGCCCAGGGCAGCGGCUGCUGGCGUGCGGCGCGGCCGUCGUGGCAGAACUGCGCGCAGCCGUCAGGCGCGAGCUAGGCUACAGCUGCUCCGCAGGCAUCGCACACAACAAGAUCCUGGCCAAGCUGGCGUCGGGCAUGCACAAGCCCAGUCAGCAGACAUUAGUCACCCUUGACUGCGUGCCGGGCCUCAUGGCGGGCCUCCCCAUUCCCAAGCUGCGCCAGCUGGGCGGCAAAUUUGGCGAGGAGAUCAUGACAGCGCUCAACAUCACAACCGUGGGUGAGCUGUCAGCGGUGCCGCUGCGGCGACUGGAGGCGGUGUGUAGCCAGGCCGACGCGCUCUGGCUGCACCGCCUCUCCCGAGGCAUCGACGACGAAGAGGUGAAGGAGCGGCAGCUGCCGCAGUCGAUCUCAUGCGGCAAGACAUUCCGGGGCCACACGGCACUGAAAGCCUUCCCGGCAGUCCAUAAAUGGCUGGGGGAACUCGGCGACGAACUUGAAGAGCGCAUUACGGCAGACCGUGCUGACAACGAGCGCGUGCCCCGCCUUCUCACGGUGGGCAUGUGGGGGGAGGGGGGCCCGGGCACGUCUGGGGGCAGCGUGUCACGCUCAUGCCAGCUGCGCCGACCAGAGUCACAGCCCAUGGCAGAAGACGGCCUCAAACUGAUCAAGCGGUGGGCGUCUGACCGACCCGGCUGGGCGAUCACAUCCCUCUACAUGACAGCCUCUAACUUCCAGGCGGCUCCCACUGGGUCAUCCACAAUCACACGCUUCCUCAAGCCCAAAUCAGCGCCAGGUCAGCAGUCACCGCCCCCUUCAGGGUCCACUGCUGCGCAGCCGCACAGAAGCGGCGCCCUGGACGCUCCGCUGCUAUUGCAGUGCACCGAGGAGGUGGGUCGGGAAGUCUCUGUUGUGAUGUCAAACUUGGAU